AUGGCUGGUGUGAUCAAGUUUUUGGGCCGGCGUGCAGCUGUGACAGAUGCAGCCUUGGGGGCUGUUACGACAGUUCUGACUCAGAACAUGCUCGCCCGCGUGUUCAAGAAAGGCGAGUGUGAAAAGGCCCAUGCUUUCAUGACUACGCCUGGAGCUCAUGUGUUACCUGGUAUGGCUGCAACACUCGAUCAGCGUCACACCCGUGAGAUCACAACUACAGAUGCAUUAUCCAAGCAUGGUCAGGUCCGCUGGAUGCACACCUGGUGUGGAACGCGGGUCAGCCAGGCUCAAAUGCAAACACUUGCAAGCAGGUACUCUGGCGUCGGUGAGGACAAGAUCGAACAUUUUCUCAAAACUAUUGGAAUGGCGCACCAACUCCCUGAGCACCUUCUCGCCGAGUUGAUGCUGAUUCCUCUGACUGGCAGUGGAAUACAGUCAGCGCGCGAGUUCAGUCUCUCUCAGGGCACACUGCGUGGAUACUUCCUGAAGUAUUACAUCUACAAGGAUGAUUCCCGCCGGUUCAGCAUCAAUAUCGCUUCGGCUAAGCGUUCGGAAGAGUGGACGAACAUAUCAGACAAGUUCACCGUCACAAGUGUGCACACUUAUUGUGGGUUUACUUGGAAGGCUAAAAAAGAGGAAAUUCAGGUAGAAGGCCUUGUGCAUUUGCCCAAGGAGCACCAAGAUCAUUUCGCCAGUGAUCUUGAGCGAGAAUCGAUGUUGAAAUUUGCAGCUGACUUUCCCAACCCAAAGUGA